CUAAGUGCCAGUGGGUAAGGACGUGAAAAGAAGUUUUCAAACCAUCAAAGAAAGCACCGCACCAUCUGGAAUAAUACGAAACGUACAAUGGUGGAGAGAAUAUUGUAUUUGGCGUUCAAUAUAUUCUUAGCCAUUCAGAUUUCCUCCCAAGAAAAUUGCAAUAGUCCUCUGGGAUUGGAAGACAGGAGAAUACCCGAUAGCAGUUUUAGUGCAUCUUCUCAGCACAACAGCUGGCAUGGAGCAUCUAAUGCAAGGUUGAAUAAUGACAAAAAAGCUAAAGUUUGGUUGGCUGCAAAAAAUGUGGCCAAUGAAUAUGUUCAGGUUGAUCUGGGAGAAAUCUAUGUUCUUACUGGAGUGGCCACUCAAGGACGUACGAAGUCUGGCUAUGAGCAAUAUAUAUCAAAGUAUUAUGUCGGAUAUAGUUCUGAUGGAAAGAAUUUUCAAACUUUGAAAGAUAAACUGGGGAAUCUUGUGAUAUUUGAAGGAAAACUUAAAGCAAGCAAGAAUGAAUUGCCAUCAAUUAACGCUCGAUAUUUCAGACUCUAUGCCCAAAAGUGGGUACGAAAAGUAUGCACACAGUUGGAACUUUAUGGAUGUCGACCCAGGAAUUGCUCAAUCAACAACGGAGGUUGCUCGGAAAGAUGUGUACAGUUAGAUAACGGUCAUGUGAUUUGUGGCUGUAAUAAACCAGGAUAUGAGUUAGUUAAUGGAAAAUGUCAAGAUAUCGACGAAUGCAGUAAUUAUCACCUAUGUGAUCACAACUGUGAGAAUACGGAUGGUAGUUAUAAAUGCAGCUGUAAGAGCGGUUACAAUUUAAGCGGUAAUGGCAAGUCUUGCAAAGACAUCAACGAAUGUCAGGGCAAUCAUACCUGUGACCAGAUUUGUGUCAAUAUACCUGGCUCGUACAAAUGUAUGUGUAAACGUGGUUACAAGUUUGGAUCUGGUAGCUUGUCAAAAAAAUGUAUCGAUGUUGAUGAGUGCAUGGCAGGUACAUCGGGAUGUGAACAUAUGUGCAAUAACACUGUAGGCAGUUUUAAAUGUAGUUGUCGUCAUGGAUAUAAACUUGAUUAUGACAGAAAAUCUUGUACCGAUAUAAAUGAAUGUCGUUUGGAUACUGACAAAUGCGACCAAAUAUGUUUGAACCAUGUUGGUGGUUACACAUGCAAGUGUAGACAAGGCCAUAGUCUUGCUGAUGAUGGUUUUGGCUGUGACGAUAUCAACGAAUGUAAGAUGAACAACGGAGGUUGCAGUGAUAAUUGUACAAAUACUUUUGGAUCAUUUUUCUGCACUUGCCCUAAAGGGUUUAAACUAAAGUUAGAUGAUCGAACGUGUGAAGAUGUGGAUGAAUGUCAGAAUGAUUAUGGUAAUUGUGAACACAUUUGUGUGAACGAAGUGGGAAAACACAGGUGUGAAUGCAGGGCUGGUUACAGACUUUUGAGUGAUGGUUAUCGUUGCGAAGACAUUGAUGAAUGUGCGGAGAAGUCACCAUGUGAUGCAACCUCGAUGAAUUGUGUGAACACUAAGCCAAGCUAUCGUUGUGAUUGCAAACAAGGAUUUGAGCCAAAGAUAGGAAAUCCAGCGGCAUGCCAACGUGUGAAAUGUAGUGCUUUCCCUGUUGAUCCAAAAUUCACAGUAGAACCUCCUAGAUGUUUACUGAGUGAUACGAAUGCUUUUGGAGAUGUAUGUACAUUCAAAUGUGCGUCUGGGUAUGAACCUGCGGAUCCUAACAAUAUGAAAGCAACCUGCCUUGCUACCAGACAGUGGAGUGUUACCUUACCCCAAUGUAAUGGUGUUAAAUGUCCAGCUGUCUCACAACCAUCCAAUGGAAAACUUGCCCCUGCUGAAUGUGCUUAUGGUAUUCGCUAUCCCGGAACUUGUAGCAUACGUUGUAACAGUGGCUACAGUAAUGUUGGACCUUCUAAAGUCUCUUGUCAAAGCGAUGGUUCAUUCAAUUCCGAUGUAACUAAGUUAGGGUGUCGAGGAGAAACAACGACACCAGUGAUCUCCUGCCCCCCCGGGAUUGUUGCCGAGUUACCCAAGGGCAGUAAAUCCAUGAUUGUGGCUUCACAAUGGAAAUACCCUUACACUAAUGUUGGAACGAUUACAAGUUCUCAUGAUAUCAAUUUUGAGUUUCCCGUGGGAAUUACAACCGUGACGUUCACAACAACAACAAAAGAUGGUCAAAGUGAUAGCUGUACUAUCCGUGUUACAAUUUUAGACAAGGAGGAGCCGAAAGUUGUGUACUGUCCCAAAGAUCAGUAUGUUAAGAAAAACCCUGGAACAUUAGUAACAUGGCCAGAACCACAAUUUAGCGAUAACGUUGGUGUAGUAAAGGUUGAAGCCAGUCCGUAUCAACCUGGCGUUGACUUGAAUGAGAAUGACUAUCAUAUUGUUUAUGUUGCUAAAGAUAAGGCUGGAAAUCAUGCUACUUGUGAAUUUGAUUUGUUUGUUACUGAAAAGAAAUGUAGCGAACAUGAUUUUUCUGUUGACUCUACAACUACCAACAAACAGUGCUCAAGCAUCCCUGGUGGUACAUAUUUCUGUUAUCCAAAUUGCAAGACUGGCAGAAUAUUCGCCGCAGCGCAGCAAUCUCCAUGGUAUACGUGUAUGAGCGGUAUUUGGUCCCCACCAGUAGAAAAUGUUCCUGAUUGCGUAGGUUUUAGCAAGUUUGUUGAUAAGUGCCCUGAAGGGACAUCUGAAUUAUCAGAUCCUGUUGCAGGGAAAGUUUGUGCCAACUGUCCUGCGGGAACAUAUUAUAACGGAACCUGUGAAAAAUGUCCAGUGGGCUAUUAUCAAGAUAAGGAGAAACAACUAUCGUGUAAGAAAUGUUCAGCCUCUCAAGGGACCACGGAAAUCGGCGCCAAGCAAUGUAAAAACCUCUGCACCCCUGGCACAUAUUCGCCAUCAGGAUUCCCAACAGAGACAGAUUCAUGCAAACUAUGUAGCAUCGGAGAAUAUGAACCAAAUUAUGGAUCCAAAUCUUGUGAAAAAUGUACAGGAAAUACAACAACGCUUAUUCUGGGGGAAACUUCAAAGAAAGAAUGCGGAAGAAAAGGAAUGAUCACAAUAGCACCAAAAGGUGAAACAACUGUUACAGAGGGUGAAGAUGUUGAACUGAUAUGCCGUAGUUCAGCUCUUCCUAGCUUUUCGAUCUCUUGGACAAAAGUCAAUCCAGUUGAUGACGUGUAUGGAGGCAAAGUGAUUCAAAAGGAUCUUUAUGCAAAUGGCAAGCUCUCAGGCAAGUCGUACCGCAUUUCUCAAGUGACGUAUCAUGAUCGUGGUGUUUAUUUGUGUAAAACUACCAAUCCAUUUGGGACGGUUCAACAAUGCGUUACUCUCAAUGUCUUGAAAAAUCUCGGCUGAAAGUACUUGGCAUGAAUAAUAUAGUCAUUAAGUUGCUUGUUAAAGUGGAGUGAAAAGAAAGCAAUAAAUUAGUAAG